AUGCAAAAACGAUACAAUGUACCUCAAAAUAUUGAUUGCUUUGUUAUUAACUUUAUCAGGCCUAGUUUGGUGGAAGAAAGAGUGAAUAUUGUUCUGGGAUCAUUUUACAUACCUAAAGACAACAAAUCAAAUCCUAAAGGAGAUGAUGCUCAUUUCAUCUGUGGACAAAAACAGACCAUUGGCAUAGCAGAUGGAGUUGGAGGUUGGACAAGACAAGGCGUGAAUGCUGGAGAAUAUGCGCGAGAGCUGAUGUUAAACUCAGUAAUAGCUCUUGAUGCUGAACCUAACGGAGCUGUGAUUCCUAGCAGAGUCUUAUCAGAAGCUUAUUCAAAGACCAAACUCCCAGGAUCAUCCACUGCAUGCCUUUUAUCACUGAAUGGCAAUAUAUUGUGCGCUGCUAUUUUGGGUGACAGUGGGUUCGUGGUGGUUAGAGAUGGGAAUGUAGUGUACAAGUCACCUGUGCAGCAACAUAGUUUUAACUAUCCUUAUCAACUUGGACCAGCGUCCAGUGACCUUCCGAGUUCAGCCAUAGAGAUCGAACUAAAAAUGAUGGCAGGGGAUGUGAUUGUUGCUGGAACAGAUGGCUUGUUUGACAAUAUGCACUUGGAGGAGAUAUCGGCACAGGUUAGUCAAGGCAUAAGCCGGGGCUCAGAUCCUCAAGACCUUGCUUGGACAAUUGCAGAAAAUGCUCUGUACAAUUCAUUUGAUAGAUUUGCUGUGACCCCAUUCGCUCGAGCCUCUAGGGAAAACGGUGGCAGCCAUUCUGGAGGCAAGAGAGACGACAUCACUGUGCUGGUUGCUUUUGUUCAACCAGCAGUUGUAGCAGAAUCACCUUUUAAACCGAGAGGAUAA